CAUUGAUAAUGGGGCUGUUGCAAAACGUCUCUGCUCGCCCCCUAGCAGCAAUGGCCGUGGACAGUGCCAACUCUGGCUGGACUGUGGACGGAAACAACUACGGUUGGCAUGUUGAUGGAAACAAUUAUGGUUGGAUAAUACGUGGCGGAUCGCUCCAGCAGAGUUGAGAGUGGUUGAAGGUAACAGAUUCCGCUUGAGAUAUCAUAAGGUGACGUAUGCGACAUCGAUUCUAACAUCCAUGCCGUUGAGAUGGGGUGAUAGGAAGUGCAACGA